AUGGGCCUCCCCUCAAAUCCAGGACUGAAGUGUGGGAUUCAAGCAGCUGAUCUGAAAAGUACAGAAACUGCCUUGGAAUCUGAGUUGUUCUCUGAAGUUACUAGUUAGAGAAAUUCAACAGCUGGUAGACAUCCAUGCCAGGUCUCCCUGAAAUUAGAUGAGCACCAUUUCUGUAGAGGAAGCUUGAUUCAAGAUGAUCUGGUGGUUACAGCAGCACACUGCCUGGCUAGCCUCACAGAGGAGCUAAUUAAGAGUCUGGUUAUGAUUGCUGGAGAGUGUAACUUCUUUCAGAAGGAUAAGCAAGAACAGAAUAUUCCUGUCUCAAAAAUUAUUAUCCAUCCUGACUAUAACAGACUUGGAUAUAUGAAUUCUGAUAUUGCACCGCUGCAUCUAAAACACAAAGUCAAGUUUGAUAAUGCUGUCCAGCCAAUCUGUCUUCCCCAUGGAGAUGAUAAGUUUGAAGAAGGGAUUCUUUGCAUGACCAGUGGAUGAGGCAAGAUUUCAGAGACAUCAGGAUAUUCAAAUGCCCUGCAAGAACUGGACCUUCCUAUCAUGGAUGACAGAAUGUGUAGCACUCUGCUCAAGGGUAUGAACCUUCCUCCCCUGGGAAGGACCAGGUUUUGUGUUGGUUUUCCUUCUUGGGGUAUGAACUAUACAAGGGGGGACUCCGGAGGUCCACUUGUUUGUAGAAGAGACAAUGGGAUCUGGAUUCUUGCUGGGAUAACUCCUUGGGGAGCUGGUUGUGCUAGAGGUCGGGCUCCUUUAAGAAAUAACUACAGAAGGACAUCAGUUGGCAUUUCCCCCAAUGUGUCUGAGUUGAUGGAUUUUAUCACUCAGAACAUGAUUACAGGUGCUAGUAAUAUAGCAGUGAAUGAAACAGACAAAAAUGUUCUCCUUUAUGGGGGAAGUUGGAAGAUGGAGAGUGGAGAUAAUACAAGUAAUGUUACAUAUAAUAGUAGAAGGUGCUUAUGUAUUUGGAAAAUAAUGGUGCCAGAAAAUAAAAUUAUCCUGUUAAGAUUUACAAGCUUAGACAUAGAAAAUCAAGUUGGAUGUGACCAUGACUAUGUAUCUUUGCAAUCAAGCAACAGUGUGCUUAUUAGUAAGAAAAAUAAUCCACUCUUCUGGACUGUUGUAGCUGGGGACCAUGAUAGAACCGUGAAAGAACUGACCAAGCAGGUAAGAAAGGCAAAGAGCAUCAUGGUGCAGGGAGAUUUUAAUGGAAGGACCUUGGGCUCUGACAUCGCCCUCAUGCAGCCGAGCUCUCCUCUGGAGUUCAGCUCUAUAGUGAGGCCCGUGUGUCUCCCACACGGCACGGAGCCUCUGUUUUCCUCUGAGACCUGGACUGUGACUGGAUAGGGAAGUAUUAGUGAAGAUGGUGGCCUGGCAAGUCGCUUGCAGCAAAUUCAAGUGCUUGUGUUAGAAAGAGAGACCUGCAGACGCACUUAUUAUUCUGCUCACCCAGGAGGGAUCACAGAGAGGAUGAUCUGUGCUAGCUUUGCAGCAACUGGAGGGAAGGAUUGCUGUCAGGGAGACUCUGGUGGGCCACUAGUGAGUAGACAUGAGAAUCGUCUCUUUGUCCUCUAGGCCAUCAUCAGCCGGGGAGUUGGCUGUGCCUGGCCAAGGAAGCGUGAAUUUGCCAGGGUGAGUGUCUUCUUGGACUGGAUCCAAUCCAAAAUCAAAGAUACAAGCUUUGUUUCACUUCAGAUAAAUAAUGAAAGCAAAAGCUUACCAAGGAAACAAUUGCCACCACACAUGUCUCCAGCAGACCGGGUCAGGCUGGUCCCUGGUGUCUGUGUGCUCUGCGCUGCAUGCUGUUACUCUGAAAUGGAGCUAGGAGAGCCCAGAGGCUUUCUUUCAACUCCAAGAUAUCCACUGGAUUAUAAAGGAAAACUGGAAUGUUCUUGGGUUCUCAGAGCUUCACCAAGCAGUAUGGCAACAUUUAUGGAUGAGAACCUGUCACUCCCGGAGCCUCAUUUGUGUGAAGAUUCAAUCCUGACUAUUUAUGAAGAAAGCCACAGGGAGCGAAGGAUGUCAGGUGAAGUAUGUGCAAGAAGGCUUUACCCAUUGAUUUUUAUGAGCCCUGAACCACUGGUGAGGAUGACAUACAUCUCCCUUGUACAAGAUGCUUUCAGCAUAAGUUAUAUUAUCAUUAGAGUCCAAGGUCCAAAAGUCAGUAAAGUAACCAGACUUCGUCAGAGUUCAAACCAAGAGCAUGUGGUCACUUGUAAUGAUGUUAUUCUGACCAAACCAGCAGGAAUCAUACAGAUUUCAAGAUAUUUUCACAGAACCACUAUGAGCUGCCACUGGAGGUUAUUAGCCCCUUUAAAUCACUUCAUUUGCCUAUUACCAACUUCCAGAUAA